AAGGCACCACCAGCAGCAGCAGCGGAGCCUCCUUUAAAGAAAAGCGGAAACUCGGUGUUCAGGAAGACGUUGUUAGCCGACUAGCAUUAGCCAUCAACAGCAUAUUCUCUGUCAAAGUUUGUUAUAUCUGAUUAAAGCGAUAUAAAUUACUCUAAACCUCCACAAUGUCUGGAUCGUCCAACAUCAUAGCAAUGAAGAAAAUUGUCCACCAGUUACGCCUUGAAGCGGGCAUAAACAGAGUUAAGGUGUCCCAGGCCGCGGCUGACCUGCAGCAGUUCUGCCUUCAGAACGCCCAACAGGACCCUCUGCUCACCGGCAUGUCCUCCAGCAACAACCCGUUCAGACCGCAGAAAGUCUGCUCCUUCCUAUAGCAGCUCCCACAGAGACCCUCUGCCUCCUCUGUUUUGGAUAUUGUGGUGUCCUGUUGAGCUCAGCUGCAGGACUUGCACCAUGGACUGGUAUUGUCUCAGGAGUGUUAGGGACUUUGGGGACAAGUAACUAACUUAAGGUUUUGUUGUUUUUUACUUUGACCUUUACAAGAUCUCAUACAAAGUGUUUCCAGGUGCCUGUGUGCUCAAUAAAUGUCUUAACCUACUUGAUAAGAGGAAUCAAACAUCAACACACAUAAGUGCCUUGUGAAUUGCACAUUUUUCUUACCUAAUUUUGAGAAAAAUAAACAUUUCCACAUUUUAAAACUGUAGAUGCAUGUUUUAUUAAAGAGAAUUUACAAACCUGUGAAAUGUUAUCCAGUUAUUUGGAAAGUAGCAAAAAGCAUAGCUACACAAGGUUUACUGUACAAAACUCACUGAUCUGUGUCAUUUCCACAAAGAUGUGAUUAGAAACUGUUGCUUUAAUGUGAUUUAAAUAGACGAAAUACAACUUGAUAUUGUGAUCUACACUUUUAUAGUAUGUGGAGAUCUCUCUGGAAAUGGGCCAUCUACAGACACAACUUAAACAUAACUCGCAGCUGACUGAGUGUCUGCGUGUCCUCCCUGGUGUCUCUAAAACACCUGCUAUGUCUUACCUCAACCCGGAGCAAAGCUGUAGACACAUCUUUAUAAAAGCUGGGACAUAAUCCUGUCAAAUCCAGCUGUCACAGUCAAAAGAACACAUAUAAACGACUUCCAGAUAUCUUUUCAUGCCCACUGUAAUGUUCCUUUGUGUA